AGUUUAUUAUUUCAAUAAAAAUAUACAGAUGUAAAAUGAAUUGAAAAGUUAGCAGCAGUAUGAAGAAUUCGAUUCCUGUUUUAUUAACUUUAUUAGGAUAUUCGUAUAUAGUAAACGCUACCAGUUGUGGGUGCAAAAAUCUAAGACCGUGUUAUGAAGACAUGCUAAAUAGCCUUUUAGAUGUUGAUGAAGAUCCGUGUAUUGAGAAUGUAGCCAUAGGAGCGAGUACCUUAAUUGUAUUUUUGCAAGCUCUUAAACAAUUUUGUGGACCCGCCAUUGAAGUGCAUGAGGAAAGUGCCACGUAUGAGGGUAGAAGGCUGUAUGAAGUCGUGCUUAAUACCUCAAACGAAGUGGAAAGACAGUCGAAACCUGUAAUCAUGAUAGAGGCUGGUCAGGAUGCUGGUUCUGGACCUGUAAUGCUGGCUCUUUUCAUCAUAGAACAGAUCGUUGCGUGUGAAGAGUAUAGCGAAAUGAUGGAGCAGGUCACUUGGGUGAUUCUGCCUAGUACAAACCCAGAUGGACAGGAAUAUCUCCGAUGUGAAAUGGAGCCAUGGUACAAAAACCGAAGACCAAUACAGAAUAGGAUGUCUUACGGCGUGGAUAUUACGCGAAAUUUCGACGAUUCUUGGAGCAGUUGCCCAGUAUCAAAUGAUAUAUUCUCGUCCCAUUAUCCAGGACCUUCAGCCACAUCCGAAAAUGAGACUCAAUUCAUAAGCAAUGUCUUAGCGAAAUAUAAACAAGAUCUCAAAGCUUACGUAUCAUUAAGACGCGAUGGCCAUUCCAUAUUAUACCCAUUUGCCAGUAAAAGUGCAACUAGAACAGACCUUGAAUAUGCACAGAGUGUAGCAGGAGAAAUUGCUGAGAAAAUAAACCAGAGAUCUGGAAACAUACAAUGGUUUCUAAAUUCAAGUAUCUUUGAUAUGAAUGGCGAGCCGAAGUGUGGCCAUAGUGUUGAUUUUGUGUACAACAAACUCGGUAUACCAUACUCUUACGAAAUGCGUGUCUUUCCUGAUACUACUACUCGCAUAUUGUCAAAGUUUCAGCCAUUGCCUAAAGGCUACGAGGCCUCCUUGCGUAAUGGCUAUUUUAAUGGUAUAAGGGAGCUCUAUAAUAUAGUAGUCUACGAUUAAACAAGUUAAUUAGUGUUGCGUAAUUUCAGCGAUAAUAUUGGAAAACUGUAUCUAGCUUAGAGAAAUAUUACUACACUAUUAGGUAUAGUGAGGGUAAAAUUACUAAUGAUGUUAAAGUGAGUGUUAUAUAAUGCAACAUUUAUGUAGCACAUAUAGUUAUAUCUACGAUGUAGGAGUCACUUAUCCAGUUUUGGGUAGGAUGUCGGUCAUGCGCGGUGGUGGAUGCUGUUUGCGCUUGCGUUAGGGGUGGGGCCCAUGGCUGUUCAGCCCGCUGCCAUUCUACAGUCAGCCGCGGCGGCAGCAGGCCGGGUUUCCCAACAACUCCAGCACUAGUCCACCGCGAUAACUCUGCCGCCGCACGCGCUAAGUUAUUUUCUAUUCGUUCGUUAUUUUAUAUUAGAAAUUUCGUUUUCGGGUUUUAAUUUGUGUGUUUUCUGUAUGAUCUUUAAUUUAUUUAAUAUUUGAUUAUUAAAAUCCGUU